UUGUGGUUUUUAUUUUUUUAAUACUUUUAAGUCAAUCAUUUGGUCAAAAAUUUUUUAUUGAUACUCCAAAUAUUACACCGAUGUCAAACUUCAAUAUAACCAAGUUUGGAAAUAGCUGGUAUAUAACUGCAAGAAUUCCAGAUUUUCUUGAAUACAAUGAUAAAUGUUCAACUGCUAUUCGUUCCAAUACUAAAAUAUCAAACCAGUAUGAUUUAACACUUUCUGCUGUGAGUGGCAUAACUGGAAAAAAUCAUAAAUUGGUGGUUUCAGCAACUCAAAAAUUAAAUGAUCCAAAGUCAGUGUUUCAUGCAAGGUAUCCAGCUUGGCUGCCUAUUGAUGUUGCCAAGUUGACUGUGCUGGAUACCGACUAUGAUAAUUAUGGAAUUGUCGUGGGAGUAUUACCUUUAAUUGGCAAAAGUUCGUUGAUGUUAUUAUGGGUUCAUUCAAGAAGACCAAUACUUGCGCCGGAAUAUAAUGAACGUGUUAUGGAAGUUUUACGUGACAAUAAUAUUCCAACAAAUAUUCUGGAAAAUGUAAAUCAAAAAGAUUGUAAAUAA